UAACCGUUCGAGUGAGAGGACGCUAUACAAAUGUUAUAUAAGUUUAUCUCUUUAAUUUUAAGGUCUGUCUGAUAGUGAAACCUAUAUUCUUGUAGUUUUUUAAUACUAAAUAAAUUAACAAUGUAUUAAAUUAUUACCAUUUGAAAUGAGGUAGUAAUAUGUUUUUAAGAUAUUCAAACAUAACAAAAACCUUUUUUUGUUUCUACGGGUUUUGUUUAUUAAUUUACGAUGACGACGAGAAACUAAAGUGGCUUUUUGAAUAUGUGUUUUCAAUUUGAGAUGUGAUUGAUGGUGUAAAGUCACUUAAGUCGAGGCGAAAUUUAGUUUGUGUGCUCUUUUUGAGAAUUUAUUAUACGAGUAAUAUGUUCGUGUGUCAAGUGGAUAAUAAAUUAGUUACCAUGUCCAUUUUAAAUGUAAGCACCCUUCGUACCGUAAUAUUUAAAUGGAAUUGUGUGGUUUCGUUAAGAUUAAAGGCGAAAUGUGAUUUCAUUACUAAAGAAGCAAUGGCUGAAGUACAACGUCGUCAUCGCGUAACAUACUCUCAAUUAGAAAUCCUAUGGGAGUUUUUAAAUUCCAAUAGGGAUGUUGCAGUGGGCUUUAAUAAAAGUGCACAAGCUCGAGAAACUUCCCGCCGCAUGUGGGAGGAGGUAGCCCUAACCCUCAAUUCAUUUGGAGAUGGUGCCGUUAAGGACGGAAAAGGCUGGUCUGCCGUAAGUAUUAUAUGAGUAAAUAUUUAUCAUUGUAAAUUUUUUUCUGCCUAUGGACUGUUGAAGUUGAAAACGCAUAUUAUUUAUAUGAAUAUUCAAAAUAGCUUUCAUUUUUUCAGUACUGGAUUGAUUACAAGGGGAAGCUGAAGAAGCGGUGUGCUACUAUUAGAUCUGCGCAAUCUCGAACUGAUGGAGAGCCAUCUAAUGUUCCACAGCUGUCGACUUUAGAAAAGAAGUUUUUAAAUAUUGUAGGUGAAGAUUUUGGUUUGGGCCUUCCUGGUAUUCGUGUAAAUCCAUUUGAAGAUUCAAAUAUUCAUGUUGCAUCGACUUCAGAUAUGUCCCAAAUACCUCUACAGGAGGUCCAACAGUCCUUGGAACAAGAAGUUGUUCUUAAUACCAUUGAAAUCAUUGAAGGUGUUAAUCUCAGGAGUUCACUGGUUCAAGAGCAGCAACAGCUAGAGACUGAAAGUGAACCACCAGUACUUAUAGACGUACAUGCUCCUGAGCCUUGUAUAUCUCAUACUGCACCUACAAGUACUCCAGAGGCACAUCCCACACAAGCGGUUUCUGUUGCACAAACUGGAGGUGAACAACAACAAAGAAGACGACGCAAUCGACGUGUGCGUAUUACUCAGGAAGAAGCAAGAAGAGCCUUGGUUGAAACGUCCCAAUUGCGGGCUGAAACGGAGGCUCGUAAUAGCCGCAAUAUUACGGAGUUCGUGCAAGUUCUUCAUCGAAUUCAAGAUGUUUUGGAACGCAUUGAGAGAAGGUUGCUUAGAAAUAUUUAUGUUGUACAUAGAAUAAAUUAAGUUAAGGGUAAAUCAGUACUAAAAAUUUCAAUUAACAGUUUCACUGCUGACAGGGAUCGAACCCAAAUUGUUUGCAUACAUUUUGUGAAAUAUUCGGCAAGCGCUUAGUCUCAGAGCUAUUAAGGCUCUACAAUUUUUAACUGAUUUCUUAAAUGAUUAUAAAUUUGCACCGUUUGAUGAUUAUUAUAAAUUACGAUAGCAAAAUAAAUGCGAGAAUAAGUCCAAAAUCUCCACAUAGAUAUAAAAAAGUAGAAAGAGUUUUUAGUUUGUAUAAUAUUUAAAUUUUUGAAAAUAGUAAUAAUAUUAAUAUAUUUAUUUGUUGAUCAUAAUUCAUAAGUAUGUCAUAAAAGAUGUUAAAAAUUGCGUUAUGUCCUAUAUGAUCUAUCAUUUAUUGGCAUAAAAAUAUCUAAGUAGAAUAAAUUGUUCGAAUAACUGCAUAGAUUAUACGUAGGUCACUCAAUAAGUUUUGAGAUAUACAAAAAGUAUUCUAGAUACUAUUAAUAUUUAUUUUACAUCUUUUCAAAAUAUUCUCUAUAAAUCUAAUAGAAAAAUUUAAACAAAAAAACCAUAGUUUUAAAAUCAAAAUUAUUUUCAGGUUGCCCUCCGACAUAUCCAUGGGUGAUUGAUAAGGUUACUUCUGACCGUUAUGCCUUCUCGGAGCUCUGGAUUUUGUGCGGCCCUAGAAUUUACUGCAGAAUCCUGGCAGGGAGAAGUUAAUCGUUGCGAUUCAUGCUCAUACAAAGCUACCUCUGGCUGCAGCUCUUCUACACUGACAUUAGUCUUAUUGCAUAUGUUGCGCAAUAUCACACAUGCAUUUAUAAUAGAAGCCACCAUGUAACACUAUGCACUAGGAGACAUCUGAAACAUGGCAAUUAUGUAUAUUAUGUACCUAUCUAUUUAUUAUUAUCUAAAGUCAUUACCAAGAAGCAUAUCGUCUCGUUUGUGCCGAGGCCUUCCAUGUGUGCCUUCAAAGGGUGAUUAGCCCAUAUAAAAGCAUCAUGUGAAGCUCCCCAAACUUGCGUCUACACUGAUUAUAUCCAUGUCUAUAUUGCAUAUCUAAAAUAUUAAUUCAAAUAUAUACUUAGUGUUUAAAUGAUUUAUGUAUCAAUAAAAUUACAUUAUU